AUUAUUUGACAAUUUAUCCAUAAAUUAUAUAAAAAAAAAAUUCGCCCAUGUUUACGUUAAUAUAGUUUUUUACUCAAUUAAAUUAUUUACUGUUAAAUGUCUAUUUAGUCUAUCGUCUGUUCCAUUUGCCAUUAAAAUCAUGAUAUUGUUAGAAACAAAUAAUCGCGUUGUUGAAGAAUCCAUCAGUGUGAGAAUUAAAAAUGCUUUGGCAGGAAAUAAGCCGGAAAACACAAAUAUAUUCAUAUCGGAUUAUGCGGGAGUAUUGUUUCACAUUUCAAAUUUAGAAGGCCAAAAAAAUCAGCUUAGGGUGAGCAUAGCUUUGAAAUUCUAUGCUGAACUACAACAGCACGGAGCAACAGAACUACUAAACCGUGUGUAUGGGUCAUACGUCACAGAACCAGAAUCGGGUUUUAAUUUUUCUUUGCUAGUUGACCUAGAAAAAAUUCCCGAUGAUUGGGAAUUAUUAGUGAAAAAAAUUGGUCAGUUUAAACGUAAUUGUUUCGCUUCAGUAUUUGAAAAGUAUUUUGACUUUCAAGAAAAAGGUGAAGAAGGCCAUAAAAGAGCUGUGAUUAAUUACCGAGAUGAUGAGACUAUGUAUGUGGAAGCAAAAGCAGACCGUGUAACUGUUGUAUUCAGUACAGUAUUCAGAGAUAGUGAUGACAUAGUUUUAGGUAAAGUCUUUAUGCAAGAACUAAGAGAAGGCAGGCGAGCUAGUCAAACUUCACCUCAAGUAUUGUUUACACACAAAGAACCACCCCUUGAACUGCAAGAUACUAAUGCUCGUGUUGGUGAUGAAGUAGGAUAUAUAACAUUUGUGUUGUUUCCGAGACACACUAAUCGUGCAGCUCGUGAAAAUACUAUUGAUUUGAUUCAUAUGUUCCGUGACUAUCUACAUUACCACAUUAAGUGCACGAAAGCAUAUAUACAUUCCUGUAUGCGAGCAAAAACAACUGACUUCAUUAAAGUGCUCAACAGAGCUAGACCAGAAUCUAAAAAAUCUAACGAAAAGAAAACUAUUAGUGGCAGAUCAUUCAUUCGAAAGGACUGAAAAAAUAUUUUACCUUUUCAAAUAUUGUAUAAUUAAUAAUAAAUAAUGAAAACAUUGAAUUUAUCUUAAAUUAAUGUUAACAACAUUGAUUUUUAGUCUAGUAUGUAUAAAUAUUGUUAGCUAAUAUAACUAACCAUUGUUUUAAAUUUAUAAAUAGUAAAAAUAAAGUUGUGUAUUCAUCUUUUAAUUUUUUUUUUAAUUUUAUUAUUAUUAUAUAUAUUAUAUAUAUCAUUUAUUUAAUUGGAACAAUAGUAUUGCAUUUAUAUUCAUUUAAAUUACAAUAAUAAAUUAUUUAUUUAUUUAUAA